AUUUUUCUCCGUAGUUCACUCGACAGCCUACUAUAGCACGGACACUAUAGGCGGUACAAUGUCGCAAACGAGCAGCAGCAGUAGAAGCAGUCACAGAGGAUUGACGGUACAAGAGGUUACCACUUUGAUCAGCGAUGCUUUCCCAUCGAAAAACCUGGAAGUCGUGAACUUCAGUCUGAAACCUUUCUCCUCCGAUAAGCUCGGCUAUCUGGGUGUGCACGAGCUGCUGACUGUCGAGUCACGUGCGCGCGACGGAGAUGUAAAAAGUUUCACGUUCUUCGUGAAGUCAGUGGCGCCAACUUGCAACGAUUUCGAUCUCAUGAUCUUCAGCGAAGAGGCCAACUUUUUUGGUAAGGUAGUGCCACGGCUGCUUUGGGACGAGAGCGAGGAAUUCUGGGCUGCCAAGUGCUACUUGGCGCGAGACGAUCUGAUGGUAUUGGAGGAUCUCAGGGCAGAAGGGUUCAAGGUCAACAGCUGCCUGUUGCAGGACUGCCAACUGCGCGGUGCGAUGGUAAGCGUAGCUCGUUUUCACGCCGCCUCGAUGUUACUAGAAUGGAAAUCCCGCGAGCCUCUGAACAAAGUCUACCCGGGCUUUUUCAAGGAGAAGGUAUUUUUAAACGACGGCGGCUUCGCCUGGAAGUGGCUACUGGCGGGGAUCGAAGUCGCCGAAGCUGUGGCCUUGAAACUUGGCCUCGAGCCUAAGCACGCUUCCGCCGCUUAUCACAUGAUGCUGGAGAGCGUGAAACCCUCGAAGGAUCAGAGAAACGUCCUGUGUCACGGUGACUUAUGGUCCAACAACAUGCUGUUCAAGGAGAGCGAAGAAGAUGGGACUAGCUGCUGCAAACUCGUCGACUUUCAGCUCGUGGGAUAUGCUUGCUAUACGAUAGACGUUAUGCAACUUUUGCACCUGAACACGAAUGCGACCACGAGGAAAAGACUGGAGAGGGAAUUGAUCCAGCUGUAUCACUCUGUGCUCGCGGAAAAUCUUCGAAAGGGAGGUUUGGAGGAGAACAGGAUAAUCGGCUUGGAAGAAAUUUUCAGAGAUACGGAGAGCAAGAGAAUAUGCGGUAUCGUAGCCGCCGUGCAAUAUUUUCCCGUCGCAUUGUUGAAUAAGGAAUUGGCGUUGGAAUAUUGCAGGGACGUCAACAAGUUGGAGGAAUACAUGUACUCCAGUCGCAAGGAUUUUGUUUUUCGCGCCAUGACGCUGGACGAGAAUUAUAGGGUCAGAGUUGAGGAAUGUGUUAGAGAGCUGUCGGAAUUCAUGCAGAACGUUUGAAUCAGUGCCUUGAAAAUCAGAGAUAUAACAAAAGUGUUCUUGGUGUUACAUCUGUAUAUUUAGAAAAUAUAUGUAGACGAUCAUAUAAAAUGUUAUGCAUAUUUUUAUACCUUUUGAUGGUUGAAUAAAUAGUUUGUUCCCUUUGGAA